AUGGGACAGCCAUGCGGUUUUUGGGACACCCAGUACUUGCGGGGGGGGCUGCAACGUAUUGCAUUUGCAUCGUUGGUAGGCCUUACUUCUGUACUCGCGAAGGUCAAAAGGUAGAGUGAGCAAGGGUGGGGCGAGCACCACAGCACCACAGCACCACCCGUCGCUCGACCAACGCACGAAAGCAGAACACAAUACCGGAACACAAUAAUAUCGGAACACAACGAUUCAACAGGGGCUGCCGUACUUAUCAACGUACCAAAAAUCCUCGGGGUGAUGCACUAUCCACGAAGAACAUUCCUACAGAACGUUCCUCGCUGUUCUGAUAAUAUGUGGCUA